AGUAAACAAUUGUAACUUGACCUUUGACAUACCGAUGAUGGUGCGCACUAUUUAGCAAAAUGAAGGCAGUCUGCUUGGUAGCGGUCCUGUGGCUAUUUCUGAGUGAGUACGGGGAAAUUCUGCUGCAGCUCAAUGAAGCAUGCCUAUUUGCAACUUCUAGAUGUUCAAGUAGCUCGCUGCAAUGAAGAGCCGACCGAGAAACCCACGGAAAAACCGGCCAACGUCAAGAUAAAGAUCGUCGAUUCCCCUGCCUCAAGAAUCACUCCAUUUCAGUCGAUGGGAGGCAAAGAGCUGCAGCUGAGAAUUAAACCUGCAAACUUAUCAGGUCCUACUCACCUGUUGCAAUUGGCUGGAGAGUGCUUUAUGUUGACGGAGAAAGGGUACGAGUAUCGGGUCUGUCCGUUCCACAAUGUCACUCAAAAAGAGCAGAGAAUUGCUUGGAACAGCUUCCACGGAGUUCUCGGGGUGUGGAGGGAGUGGGUCAUAGAGAAUGAUACAUUUGUCGGGAUGCACUACGUGAUGGGUCAGGAAUGCAGUAUCGGAGAGCGCGAAGUGAAGGUUUCUCUUCAACUGCAGUACAAUGACCCGACUGCACAGCACGUCCGAGCUGUCCACCUGUCACUACGUCGUAUGGUUGGACACACCUCUUGCCUGCUUCAAGGGAGCCAUGCAAGUGUACCAUCUGUUGAGUGCAGAGCAGUUGAAUCAGUGGGAACAGUACGAAUAUGAAUACUAUGCUGAUGAACUCACCUUCCAGGGAGUGACAAAGAGGAGAAGAAAGAUACUCACAGAGGCCGGUCUCUUGUUUGACAGUGAGAAGGAGAAGGCGAGGCUGGAGGUGGAGAGGAGACAGAGAGAGGAGGAGGAGGCCAGGGAGAGAGAGAGGAGGCAGAAAGAACUGCAGGGGAACCCGCUUUUCAAGAGCACUCUCUCUGUCUGUCAAGAAGAGAGAGAGCAGUUGAGGAAAGAUCUGGAAGAACUGACUGGGAAAAUCCGUGGGGUUAUCAAAGACUUCCCAGCGGUUGCCUACAGACUUGGGUUUCUCCAGAAUUUCACCGAUUCUCGGGGGAAAUAUGGGGACACUCCUGCCCCCGUGGAGGAGGAGAGAGUUGCUGUGGACGACCAUGGAGCAGUGGAGGUUGCAGCUGUCGUCGUGGAUGGCAGGGAGAGGGAAGGAGAGAGGGAGGAGGGAGAGGAGGAGGAGGAGGGAGAGCAAAGAGAGUGGAGUAGAGGUGGGUUUUUGGAUCACAAUGAAGUGGACGAGGCUCAGCUUGACAACAUACUAAAAGAGAUAAAUGAAGAGGUCGAAGAGAGAGAUGCGCUGGAGCUGAGACGGGAACUUUCCGAGCUGCCGCCACCCAAAAAGAACAAGCCACGGAAACAAGAUACAGAGGGGGAGAGAGGAGAAGAAAGAGGAAGGGAGAUAGAGACAGAUGAACAGCUGCUAGAACUUGUUGAACAGUUGCAACUAGCACAGCAACAACCCGCAUAAUUUUUAGUCCCAAAAAUAGAGUGAAGUCAUUACGUGCGCACUAAAUGGAAUUGUAGGAGUAGCUCGCUCGUUCUUCGGUUUCCUCCACGAAAGCAGCAGCACUGAUUCAAGACAGCAUGGAUCCCUCGCCGUACGCAGAGCAGCGGUACAAAGAUGGGCUGGAGUGCGCCAAGCGGGCAGUGCAGUACGACCAGGAGGGACACUUCAGCGGGGCCUUGUCGUUUUACAGCGAGGCCGUGGCGGCGCUGAACCACGCGUGCUCCAUGUCUCCGGCCUUCCUGCCCAUACAGUCGCAAGUCGCCGAGUAUUCCCGCCGCGCGGACGAGCUCAGUAGAUACCUGAAGUCAAACAGGCCGCCACAAAGACAGCAGAUAGUAAGAGAGUUAUCUGUUGGGACACUUGACAGAGACAGUCGCUACCUACAACAGAUGGAGUACCUGUUCGAAGUGGCUCUAACAGACGAUGAGAGGGGGAGACGUAAAGAAGCCGAAAGUCUGUACAAAUCGGCUAUCGAAUUUGCCCUUGAAGCUCAAAAGAAGAUAAGAGACCCAGCACAGAAGGCCAAAUUGCUCGCGCUCGCAACGCAAGCAGUCGAGCGACUGGAACAGCUAAAGCAGAAGAGCGAAGCUUCGGCGCCCGGACUGGACGACUUGCUCGAUCAACUCCCUCCUCCUCCCUCCAGUGAACCACUGAAGGAAACGUCAAAGACCUCGGGUCGAGGACCACUGACAAGUUUUCUGGACGCAGACCCUGACCUUACGAAGCCACCUCAGUUCACCGCCUACAGCUCCAGCGAGCCUUCAGGGGUGGAGCCUCACCUAAACCACGCCCACGUGCCACACCUACUCCUACUGGAACUUCCGGCGGCCGUAGACCAAAAGGAGGACUUCUGUGACCCAGAUGGGCUCCCUGCUCUGGCCACGAAGCAGAGGUCGCAUUUCCAGGGUUGGAUGAGGCCGCACGAGCUGUGCGAACUGCCCAAAAUGGUCCACCUCAUCUCCAGCUUCACAAUCAAACAGAGCAUCAUAGGAGACUGUUCAUUUGUUGCCUCUCUGGCCAUCUGUGCCGACUACGAACGGAAGUUCAAAACCAGACUUGUCACACGGAUAAUCCACCCUCAGAACAGGUCUGGGGAACCCAUCAUUAACCCCCACGGGAGGUACAUGGUCUCUUUCAAUCUGAACGGCUGUCGACGUAAGAUCGAGUUUGACGACAGACUGCCGGUCGGGAAGUACGGGGAGCUACUGUGCUCAUAUUCCAGUAAUCACGACGAGUUUUGGAUCAGUCUGAUUGAGAAAGCGUACAUGAAGGUCAGUAUACAACAUACCACGGUUUAG